AUAUUCUUCUAGGGUUCCAAAUCAAAAUCAGUUUAAGACAAUCAGAAAUUAAACACAAAUUCAAUCAGCCAAUCGAUCGAUACAUACAUUUGUUUGAAAUUGAUCAAUCUGAUUGCACAGCUCUCAAGUAUUCCGAUAAGUAAAUACAAUUUUUUACUGCAGAGAGUCUAAUCGAUUUCAAUAAAUGGCGUUGCACUCUAGCCGUAUGACUCAAGACCAGAACUUUAGUAUACAAUUCGAUUGUGGAAUGAAGACCAUUGGGUCUACUGUUCAGAAGAAGAAAGCAGGUUUUGGAACAAGGAAAGCGCUUAACGAUAUAUCAAACUCAGGGAAGCCAUCUGCACUGCAGUCGUCAAGAAAACAGAAUGUAAAGAAUGUGAUUCCGAUUGGAGAAGAUCUUGGUGUAGCGAAGAAGGCUCAGGUUUCUGUUCGGGGGAAAGGCAAAGUUAGUGGGAGAAAAGCGCUUGGUGAUCUUACAAACGGGGCGAAACCAUUUGCUCAGCAGCAGCAGCUGCAGCAGAAGAGUGUUAAGAAGAAGAUUCAAGGAAAGCAGUUGAUAACUGUUGCUGAAGAUGAGGACUUCUCCUUCCCCAUUGCAGAAGAAGGCUUUUUGCACAAUCAUGAUGAAUGUAUCAAGUCACGGAAUAAAGCUCUGGACUUGGAUGAGUUCUUGAAAGCCGUUGGGUUAGAUAGUAGAGAUACUUGUGUUCAGCCUGUUUCGACUUACAAUCCAAAGGCUGAAAAUCCCUACGACCUCUUUGAGAUUGAAGAGAUAACUGAGCUGAUAACAGAAUAUCGACCUCGUGGAGGGCAAAGUUCCCCGAUUUUUGGAAGCCCAGAUUCCCCAAGGAUGUCCUAUAUGAACAUGAAGGACUAUGAUGACUUUCCAAGCUUCAUCUUGGCCGAGACACCAUGAAGGUUCAAGUAGUGUGUCUAAUGUGAUUCUGUCCGUUUAGUAAUCUGUAGAAACUAUAUGCCAAUAGUUUCUUAUCUCAUACAAUUUACAUAAACAAGUCCCAUCUCUAGUAUUUUAGUUUGUGGUUGUUUUGCAGUCAAACUAUUGACUGUUGUAGUGUAAUGCAAAGUCUUGUAUUCGAUCAUGUUGGCAAGAUGUUGAAAAUUAAUAUUUUAAUAAAAGCUAUUGUUUUGGCCAA